UUCCUGUGAAUUCCUGACAGUGACAUAUUAUGACACUGACAACAUACAAUUCUGACAGAUUCAUUUAUUCGAUUCGUGGUUUGCGUUACAUUUUCGAAGGAAAAUAGGAAUUCGUGUCGACUGCCCAGAGUCCGCGAAUAUCCGCUUAUCAACAACUGAUAUCGUUGGGUGUGACCGAUUUCCCGUUUGCUUUGGAAUUCCAGCUCACGAAAGAUGUCCCAAACUCUUACAUUCGGUGACUCAUGUGCACCGGUGACUUGUCAUGCAUGGAACAAGGAUAGAACUCAAAUUGCAUUUUCUCCAAACAACAAUGAAGUCCAUAUCUAUCAAAAGGAAGGAAAUGAUUGGAAGCAAACAAACAACCUGGUUGAGCAUGACUUGAAGGUGAUGGGCAUUGACUGGGCACCAAACACCAACCGCAUUGUCACCUGCUCUGUUGACCGCAAUGCUUAUGUCUGGACCCAGGGAGAUGAUGGCAAGUGGACUACAACACUUGUCCUUCUGCGUAUCAACCGGGCUGCCACCUGUGUCAAAUGGUCACCCAUGGAGAACAAGUUUGCUGUUGGUUCAGGAGCCAGGUUAAUCUCUAUCUGUUAUUUUGAAAAAGAAAACAACUGGUGGGUGUCCAAGCACAUAAAGAAGCCAAUUCGCUCAACUGUGACCAGCAUUGACUGGCACCCAAACAACAUACUGUUGGUUGCUGGUUCAGCUGACUUUAAAGUGAGGGUAUACUCUGCAUACAUCAAGGAUAUUGAAGAUCAGCCUGGACCAAAUGUCUGGGGCACCAAGCUUCCUUUGGGACAAAUGUUGGCUGAAUUCCCCAAUUCACCCAAUGGUGGUGGAUGGGUGCACAGUGUGUCUUUCUCAGCAGAUGGGAAUAAAGUUGCAUGGGUGGGACAUGAUAGCUCCAUAAAUGUAGCUGAUGCUACUCAAGGAAAAGCUAUCAUAAAAUUGAAGACUGAGUACUUGCCUUUCCUGGGGUGCAGUUGGGUAACCAACAACUCCCUGGUUGUGGCAGGACAUAGCUGCAUUCCUCUAAUGUAUUGCCAUGAAGGUGAUCAGAUUAAGUUUGUUGCCAAGUUGGAUAAUACUCAGAGAAAGGAGUCUGGUGGACUAUCUGCCAUGAAGAAGUUCCAGUCUCUGGAUCGCCAAGCACGCAUUGAAACCAAUGAUACUUUCUUGGAUUCUAUUCACCAGAAUGCCAUCACUUCCAUCCGUAUUUUCGAAGGUACCAAGGCUAAUACCCACAAGUUCAGCACCACUGGACUGGAUGGACAGCUGGUCAUCUGGGACUUGGACUCCUUGGAGAGGUCCAUUGAGGGACUGAAGAUUGUUUAAAUCAGACUCUUUUUAAAUUUAUGAUUUUUAUUUUAAGGAAUAAUAAUAUAAUAAUCAGUUUGCGUGCGAGUUCUGAAGUCACUCCAAGAAAAAUGAUAAAACAUGGAAAGCAGUGAGAAAAUAAAAGUUCACAAUCACAGUCUGAUCAGUCUAGCUAGAAGGAAUACCAAGCAAUAGUAGCAGUGAGUGAAUUCAGCUCCCCAGACAGUAAAAACUUUCAAAUAUACAGAAUAAACUAUUAUAAUUUAUAGAUACAACUUCUAUGCUUUUAUAAUAUACAAUUUAAAAAUUUAACUUGAUAAUCAAAUCAAUAAUUUAUAAUAUAAAUUAGAAAUAAGACUACUACACCCUAUAAAAUAUGAUAGAUCACUUUUAAUACUACUGAAGUACUGAUUGCUGUCAAUAUUACAUUAAAUUUUAAGGAAUCAA